GACGUCGGUGGUUAUAUAAAAAGGCAGAGACCCCUGCGAGUUGUUGUAUUGUUUUUUAGUCCGAAAAUCAGAGCAAACAUGAUGUGGAAGCUCGUUUUUCCUGCUCUUGCGGCGGUUUUCACCCUCGGCUUAGCUGGUAUGGUCGGGGGACCGAGAGACAUCGAUGUAAAUGAUCCCGGCUUGAAAAAUGCUCUGAACUUCGCCGUCGUCCAACACAACAGAGGCACCAACGAUUUGUUUGUUAGCCAAGUGGCAGAGGUGCUCAAGGCUCAGAGUCAGGUGGUUGCUGGCAUGAAGUAUAUCGUAACUGUGAAAAUGGGAAAGACCGACUGCAGAAAGGGCAGUGGGGUUGAAGUAUGCACCAUCCACCCAGAGACUGACAAGGCUCGGUUUUACCAGUGCACCUUCACAGUGUGGAGCCGCCCAUGGUUGAGUGACAUCAGAGUGCUGGAAGAGAAAUGUCAGUGAUUGCUUUGUUUGGAGAUUAACUACAAAAGAAUUAAUGUUGCCACAUCCUGCUAUGCUGAAUUAAAUGGUUCAAAUUAUGCCGUGCAUUUCCUCAAUGUAGAGAAAACUGUACGUUAACUUUUCAUAGUAAGUAUUAGCACAAACUACUUUUUUAAUAAUCAUUGAACCUUGCAACUAACAAAUAACUCUGUACUGCAUGUGAUCUUACCAAGAACUACAUGCUGCUGUAAAGUGAAAUUAAAUUACUUAAGCAGUG